CGGAGCGAGAGCGCGCACUUGCCCCGCCGGCCGCUCCUCCGCUGGGGCUGCCUUCGCGCCGGCCGAGCCAGAGCAGCCGCCGACCCAGCGCUGCGCUGCCUUCUGCGGCCGGCCCGAGCGAGGCGCCUGGGCAGCCCGCCGAAGAGCCGCCGGGUCCGGGGCGCGCGGGCCAUGGAGAGCCUCGGCGGCCGGAGCCGGAGCCGGAGCAGCCGCAGCUGAAGAUGCUGAGCCUCACCGGCUGGGUGAGCAGAGGGCUGGUCCUUUUUGCCAUGGUGCUCACAACCGCCUCCAUCACCACAUCAGGAGAAUGGGGAGAAGACGGGGUGACCUAUGCCGAGCUGGGGAGUGACGUGGUCCUGACCUGCCCCGGAGCAAACGCAAGCUCCUUGAGCAGGUGGCAGCGGAAUGGGGGCUCCGGGCUGCCCACAGACUCCAAGGUCCAGCAGGGCCAGCUGCUCUUGAGCCACGUGGACCUCUCCUCCGAAGGCACCUACAGCUGCCAGGAUGGUGGUGGGCUUCUCCUGGGCUCCGUUGCCCUCCGAGUUGGCCGACUCCCUGGGCCGCCCUCCGUCUCCUGCCGAGCUUCCAACUAUGAGAACUUCUCCUGCUUCUGGACACCCAGCAUUGAGACGCACCUGCCCACCAGAUACAUCACCAGCUACCUGACGAAACAGCUGCCCGGAAGUGACAAGUCGAGCAGGUCCCCGGUCAUCCGUGUGGGUCCGUGUGUCCAGGAUCCCGGCCUCCCCCUCUCCUGCACCGUCGGCAAGUCCCAGUUCUGGAGCUCAUACCGUGUGAAUGUGACGGAGGUGAACCCGCUGGGCUCCAGCUUCGCCCUGCUGGACAUCAUUGCCCACAGCAUCACCAAGCCAGAUCCACCAGAGCGUGUCCGGGUGGAGCCGGUGCCCCUGGCCCCCCGGCGGCUGCGCGUCAGCUGGGAGUACCCCUCCUCGUGGCCCAAGGAGCCUUCCUUCCAGCUCCACUUCCGGCUGCGCUACCGGCCCCUCCUUCACAACUCCUGGUCAAUGGUGGAGACCAGCAACGUGUCCGAGGUGAUCACGGAUGCCGUCAUGGGCCUGGAGCACACGGUCCAGGUGAGCGCCAAGGACUUCUUGGAUGCUGGCAGCUGGAGCGAGUGGAGCCCGGAGGCGCGAGGCUGGCCGGCUGCAGGACAGGUCGCUGAGCCCAGCGAAGCUGCUCCGGACACCGUUGAACUGGACCCGCCAGCCGAAGAGCCCUCUCCAGCCCCCGACAACAAGCCGGUCGCAGGGCAUGGAGACUCCAUGGAGAUGGUGGCAAUGCUGGUGUCGCUCGGGGUCUUCGCCUUCUUCGCCCUGGUGGCCCUGCUGCUCUUUGCCUUCCUGGUGUGGAUCCGGGCGAAGAAGCAGAGCAAAGAGGCCGACAAACACCAGGAGCUGCUCUCCGCUGCCACCCACCUGAAGGCCUUGCCAAUGUUGGCGCAACUCUCCACAACUUCUGGAGGCAAACAGUUCCACCGAUGAAUUAACAGAAAAAACAGAGUUGGAAGGGACGUCUAAGUUAAUUCUGAAGACUUCCAACUUCUAAGACUGAAGUUUUGCAAGUUAAGACUUCCCUCUCUCCCACCUCUACGCAAGCACGCUGUUAUCUUGUCUCAGAUUCCUGGGGAGAACACCAUUUUGCAGCAGGAAUCUCAUUCAUUAUCAGAAGAUCAUUAUAAUUAGUACAUCCUGGGAUCUCUUGACCCCGAAUCUCCUAGGAUGUCCACAAGUGGAGUCUACAAGUGGAAGCUUCAGCUGGCCACUCUUAAUCUUGUAAUUUUUGUUCCUGCUUAAUGUCUGUCCAAGUAAGGGCAAACCUUGGCCAAAUUCCAUUCAAGCAUUCAAGCAUUGCCAAACAGCAGCCUACAUCUGGGCUCUUCUUCAGCAGUGAAGCUGGACGUGGCCUGGCCAGAGACUUGGACUGAGCUCUUUGCAGUUUCAGGUCCUGGAGAUAAAAGUCCAUUCCACCAUCUGCUCUACAGGAAGGCAGAUUUAAUAGGACACAACCCCACCCCCAAAGGAGAAACAGCCAGCUGUGCCCUGUUGUGCCACAAAUAUUCUAGCUAUCAGCACAAGGAACUUGUUCUGCCUCUUAGCAACGUCCCUGGCUGCCCAGUGGAGGUUUUGCUCACCUAGUUAGUUGUGGGCAACUGGCCAGCUACCCCCGUAAGGGAGGAAAACUCCGUAUGGUGCGGCUUGCACCAGAUAACCAGAGUCUCUUAGCCACUUGACACACCUGUUGUGUUGUGGUUCUGCUUCCUUAAGCUCACAUGCACUUUGUUCUUUGUUUUAUGGUCUGGACUUUCUAAUUCUCGCAGGCUUUGUUCAGCUGCCAUCCUCUGUCUGGCCGUAAUAAAGAGCUCACCGUUCAUUCAGUCCCUGCACCAUAAAAGGAAUUGGCAGAAGAUCCUUCAGGGCAUUUUGGAAUUUAUUUGGUAGUUCCUAAGUCCAGAGGGAGAAAGAGGUGGGCUGGGGGAACAAAAGGUUAAAUGAGAGUUGCCCAAUGCCAACAAUGAGGUAAAGUCAGCCUUAAGUCCAGCCGGGCUCCUUGGGCGCAUGCAGGGAGAAAUGGGAGAAGCAGAGAACUGGUUGGCACCACCUGUUCCUGGUUCUGCAGUCAAAUGCCAACCAGGUGCAACGCUGCUCGGUUUGGCCACUCGAUCCUUUGCGAGCAAUUCCAGGAUCCUUCUCUUCAGCAGGAACGGGCAUUUUGUUGGAGGAAGUAAAUAAAAACGAACUUUAGCCUGGUGACUCUUCAGCUACUUUUUCCCCUGGUCAGGAAUCAAGGCUGCCUUCAAAUAUGACCAUGCAACGCCCCCUAGUGGCAGAGGAGAGAGGUCGCUCAAGGCUCCUUUCAGGUCUGACUAUGCAGCGACCCCUAGUGACAGGAGAGAGAUCUCAAGGUUCCUUUCAUGUCUGACCAUGCAAUGCCCCCUGAUGGCAGAGGAGAGAAAUUGCUCAAGAUUCCUAAAGUGCAACUAAAGCGGCAAAACUUUAGUUGGGAAACCAGCGAGGCAAACAGAAGGGCUUCGUUCAUCCAGCUGAAAUGAGGCACAGCGGGAGCAAGGGAGCCUGGGGCCACCCAGGAUGAGCCUCAGUGCCCCCAACCCACCAGGGGAAGCCAGAGGGAGGCAAAGUGGAACAGCUGAGGGCACAAGCCACGCCUUGACUCUGGCACAGAACAGCCCUAUCCAGCUGCGAGGACCACAAAUCCAUGCUUCCCCACCUCCCACCCUGCUCCAAUGAUUCUGCCUGGGCUUUCAGAGGUGGGAGGUGCUUCGGAGGGCACCGGGAUGGGCAAGGCUGCCCUAAGGUGGGCCUUCUGCUGCUCCAUUCGGCCACAGCCAGGAGUCCCGAGUGCUGGGACUCUCCCAACUCAGAAGUUGGGGGUGGGGGGUGUCUGAUCUUGAGCCACAGUGGGGAGACGGACUUGCACCCAGAGCUGCCUGGCAGUCCCUUCCACUCCUCCUGCAGUCAGGCAGGGGAGGCUCUGUUGAUCUGGGACAGGGACAUUCACGCCACGGCCGGCUCUCCACGGGACAAAAGUUACAUCCCAGUAAUAUCGAAGAAAUGGUGAAAUAGAAGCAUUAAAGAAAGGAUGCUAAGAGGAGGGACGGAAAGAAACGUGAAUGACAAAAAUUCAAAAUAUUUUUAAAAUUAUUUAAAAUAAUUAAGUAAAUUGUUCUAAUUUCCCCCAGCGAAUUGUCCCGUGGUGAGCUGGCCACAGCAAGUUGGCUGUGGCAAAUUGGCAGCGGUGAGUUGGCCCUGGUAAGUUGUCUCUUUCUUUGAAGCUUGGGCCGGCGUUCCUGCCACCGGCUGCCCUCUAAACCAGCCAGACCUGGCAGUUAGGCUGGGAAUCCAGGCCACCCAAGGAGUGGCACAUGGGCCUCACUCACAAACAGCUCCAGGCAGGCUCUGUCUUAGGCGGCAUAUCCAGUGGAACGUGGCCCCCGGUUGUGACGUGGCAGCCCCCUUCCUAUGCCCUCAUGGGCUUGGCAAGGGCUGAUCCCUGAUUUAGAAACCUCUGUCCAGCUGUGGGCGUUUGAUCCCCUCCUUCCUGCCUUGUUCCUUGAAUCAGGGGACUCCAACCUUGGCGACUUUAAGAGAAUUUGCUGGCUGGAGAAUUCUGGGAGUUGAAGUCCACAAGUCUUAAAGUCGCCAAGUUGGAGACCCCUGCCUUAAAUGAAAGGUAUUUAUUUAAUUAUUUUUUUAUUUAUGACCCGCCUUUAUUACUUCUAGUAAACAAUGCAAGGAGAGGAACAUAUCUAACACCCCUUCCUCCUCCUAUUAAAUGAAGGAUUCCCGAAUCGCCACCAAUUCAUUUAGGCUUAUGGUUAUUUUCGUCAGCCCCAAAAGGGGCUGCUUAACUGCUUAAGACUCCCGCCAAGCAAAGUUCUCUGGCUCUCGAAAAGAGAUCACACCAGUUUUAUACUUUUGCAAAACUUUUAUUUGGGACUAUAGAGAUGAGUAAAGAGACGGGAUGAACAGGACUACACAAAAUUUGGAACGGAUUUAAGUAGCAGCAUUAAAGUUCUGUUUCUCGGGCUAAAGUCCAUCA